AUGGCACAACACCAAUCGUCGUCGGGGGCUCAAUCGUCGCCUGCCACGACGUCCACAUUGCACACCUACGAGGGCAGCCCGGCUGCUGAGGCUAUUCCUGAGACUUUAUCUGCAGAUGAGCGAGAACUCCAUGCCCAAGGCCACAUUGCUGAGCUUCCACGGCAGUUUUCCAUGUUGUCAAUCCUAGCAUUGUCAUUCAGUAUCACAAACUCUUGGAUCGGUUACUCUGCGGUCUUUGUGACACCACUAUGGGCUGGAGGAGGGCCGGCCGUCAUAUACUGCCUGGUCACCGCUGCGGUCGCCUGCUCUCUGAUCACUGCAGGCCUCGCCGAGCUGUCUUCUGCGUUUCCCUCGACUGGUGGCCAAUAUCACUUUGCAUAUAUGGUGUCGGACCGACGAUGGGCUGCCGUCGUCGCCUUUUUCACCGGGUGGAUGAGCGUGUUUGCUUGGCUGUUUACUACAGCAUCAGCCUUUAUAUUCUGCGCCCAGGUCUGCGUCAGUCUGGCCAGCCUCUUCCAUCCAGACUACACGCCGACUCAAUGGCAAAUUUACUUGAUUUACGUGGCUUUUGUUGCGGCCUGUACACUCAUUACCAUUUUCUUACCCAAAUCAAUCCCACUGGCUGAGACAGUCUUCUUUGGUGCCUCGCUUCUUGGAUUCGUGGCCUUUCUCAUUACUGUCCUCGCCGCGAGCGAGACGAAGCAGGAGGCAAGAACCAUAUUCGUUGACUGGGUCAAUCUGACAGGGUGGAAUGACGGUGCUGCUUUCUUACUUGGUACCGGCCAAGCCAUGUAUACCUUCCUCGCGGUGGACAGUGCAACUCAUAUUGCCGAGGAAGUACCGAAUCCUGGCCGUGUGGUUCCUCAGACUAUGAUGAUGACUGUUGUUAUCGGCAUUGUGACGGUGAUGCCGUGGACUUUGGCCUUCAUGUUCAGCAUCCAAGAUCUCGACAGUGUCAGUUCGAGCAGUCUUCCCAUCGUAGAGGUCUACUUCCAGACUCUCCGCAACUCCAAAGCCGCCACUGCCUUUUUCACGACUUGGCUUUUGUUCGUCUAUUUGGGCGCAUGUCUAGCUUGCACAGUCACGACUGGUAGGCUUAUCUGGGCUCUGGCCCGCGACAAGGUCAUGGUGUUCUCGGCGACCUUUGACAAAGUCAACAAGAAAUUAGAGGUGCCCGUCAAUGCGACACUUUUCGCUGGCGUCUUCUGUACAUUGUAUGGCCUCAUCUACAUUGGAUCGACGACUGCGUUCAACAGCUUCAUUGCCACAUCUAUUCUGUUUCUCAACGUCACCUAUGCCAUUCCACAAGCCGUUGUACUGUUCAGAGGGCGCAGUAGAACACUUCCGCCUCGCUAUCUGGAUCUGGGUUCAGUCAUGGGGCCGUUUUGCAACCUAUUUUCUGUACUUUGGGUCGCUCUAUUCACAGUGAUAUUCUGUUUUCCGACAUUUGUGCCAGUUGCGGCUUCUGGCAUGAACUACGUGAGCGUCAUCAUUGCCGGUGUCUGUCUUUUCACAACUCUAUUGUGGUGUACGAGCAAGCGGAAGACCUUCACGGGCCCCAAUCUGGUUCUGGACGGGCUGGAACCCGUUCAUGCCACACGUACUGAGCCGUGCAAGUCCGACAAGUAA